AAAGAGAAGAGCUAAUAAUAACUCCUCUUAUCUCUUCCCUCCAACUUCAACCUGAGCUAAGAGAGAGAGAAGUAAGAAACAAUGCAGGCCUCAAUGUGCAUGACAACUUCACCAACUUCUUCUCACUCCAUAUCUCUGAAACCUAUUCACAACCCUCUUCUGGGUUAUGCUUCUUCUUCUUCUUCUUCUUCUUCAACACAGUGUUUGGCUCUAAGAAGAAAAGGGUCUUCUUUCUUCACUACCAGAGCACUUCUUUCAACUUCCAAAGAGUUAGUCUUGAAAGAAUUUCAUGAGCGCAAAGCUCUCAAGAUUAUCUCAGGUUUACAGAAUUUUGAUAAGGAAAAUGUUGCCUCAGUUGUUACUGCUGCAGACAAGGGAGGAGCGACUCAUGUGGAUAUAGCUUGUGAUCCUGAGCUGGUUAAGCUUGCCAUUACUUUAACAUCUCUUCCUGUUUGUGUUUCUUCUGUAGAUCCAGCUGCAUUCCUGGCUGCGGUCGAAGCAGGAGCAACAAUGGUUGAGAUUGGAAACUAUGAUUCAUUCUAUGAGAAGGGUGUGAUUUUCACUCCCGAGCAGAUACUAAAUCUAACAAAGGAGACUAAGAGGAGCCUCCCAUCUGUAACCUUAUCAGUCACUGUGCCUCAUACACUAAGUCUCCCUGAUCAGGUCAAGCUUGCUGAACUGCUGGAGCAGGAAGGUGUUGACAUCAUUCAAACCGAAGGAGGAAAGUGCUCAAACCCUACAAUGUCUGGCAUUCUUGGUUUGAUUGAGAAGGCAACACCAACAUUAGCAGCUGCUUAUUCCAUCUCAAGGGCUGUCAAGAUUCCUGUCAUGUGUUCAUCUGGGCUAAGCGCAGUGACAGCACCAAUGGCCAUCACUGCUGGAGCUGCUGGUGUGGGUGUGGGAUCAGCCAUUAACAAACUCAAUGAUGUAGUGGCAAUGAUAGCAGAGGUCAGGAGCAUUUCAAAUUCACUAGCAUCCUUUGGAAGUCGCCUUGCAAAUGAAGAACAAACUCUGAAACUGUAAAUCUAUGCACUUUCUUGUGUAUUAGCUAUUAGGCUUAGAAUGGCUCACAAGUUUCUGGGGAUGUUAGUGGAAGAGAAAUAACACACACAUAUAUAUAAUAGAAGUUUGGAACCUCUACAAUCUUGCCAAGUCUUUAUGUGCUAGGAGCAUAAAGUCAUAGUGGAUAAAGGAUCAGAUUUAUCAACAGAACUUUUUUUUUACAUGUAUUUUUAUUUUUCUCUGAAUCUGUGAACUACCAAAUUGGUAUGGGGUGAUUUUAUGUUCCAUACUUCUAUGGUUUACAUGAUCAGCUAAAGGAUUUUGUCAUUAGAAA